AUGUCCUUCUCAUUACCACCGAUCAAUGAUAAUCCAGAUGGAGGCUGGGGCCCUUCCUCGUCCAACUUUCCUGGCCAGUUCAAGUUCAAGGACAUUCCCUAUGCUCCGUACUCAAAAUCAGACAAGCUCGGUCGUUUCGCUGAUUGGAACGAAACGACUUCCGAUACCCGUCAGAACGCUGUAGGAAUGGUCUCUACACAGAAUACGCGAACUGGUCCUGGAGGUAGAAGGAGAGAAGGAGCUCAAGCCUUCGGUAGCGGGACUGCGAGUGCUUUCGCCUAUUUCCAUGUCGAGGACGAAUCGUCCUUCUCCUUGGUCGACAACAAAAAUGCACCUCCUCGUCGUGGAGGGACCUUUAUCCGUGGCAGAGGUACUGCUAGAGGUGGUGUAGGUAAUUACAAUGCUAGGGGAGGUGCCCAGCGUGGUGGCCGUGGUGGAUUUGGAGGUAGAGGCGGGAAUGCACAACGUGGCAGACGUGGAUGGAGAGACUGGGAUAAAGGUGGCCGCGCUCGCGAAUCUUCCGUGGUCAUAUCACCACAGUGGUCUAUGCUGGAGGAAAUCGAAUUUCAUAGGCUUGCCAAGCUGCGUCUCGAGGUGGACGAACCAGAAAAUAUCGAUUCGUAUGGUCGCUUGUUCGCCUACGAUAAAACUUUCGAUCGUAUUACAACCAAAACUGAGAAACCCCUACAACAGCUCGACCGUAUCAAGUAUAACACAACAACUUCUGACGACCCUGUCAUCCAGCAGCUUGUCAAUAAAAACACUGCGACGAUAUACACCACCGAUGUCAUUCUUAGCGUGCUCAUGUGUGCACCAAGAUCCGUAUAUCCCUGGGACAUUGUGAUCGUUCGAGAAGGCAACAGUUUAUAUUUCGAUAAAAGAGAUGGUGGUCCAUUUGACACAGUGACCGUCAACGAAAAUGCUGCAGAUCCUCCUCAGGACCCGUCCCCUCCUAAUCCUAAUAACCCCAACGAAAAGGUUCCUGAUACACCCUCUAUCAACUCAGCCACCUCUCUCUCGCUUGAAGCGACCUAUGUCAACCAAAACUUUGCCUUCCAGUCCGUGGUCGAAACCAGUCCUCCACCUGCCGUCGACUUUUCCAACCCGAAUCCCUUCUACGGUCCAGACGAGACGGAACCUCUCGCUUCAUGUGGAUACCGUUACCGUGUAUUCGAUCUCAGUGUUCAGGAAGACGAGAAUUUCAAGAUAUGUGUUCGAACUGAAGUCGAUGCUUAUCUUCCCGGUUCUGGGAACCCUCGUGAAGGCCAAGGUUUGGUCACCAUCCGAGCUCUGAAUGAAUUUGAUCCUAGAGCUGCUGGGGCUGGUGGUGCCCCCGAUUGGAGGACCAAGCUCGAUUCUCAACGUGGUGCAGUCGUUGCCACCGAGAUGAAGAACAACAGCUGUAAACUCGCCAAAUGGGCAGUUCAAAGUAUUCUUGCAGGAGCAGACCUGAUGAAAAUUGGAUAUGUAUCACGGUCUAAUCCUCGAGAUGCAGCUCGUCAUGUUAUCUUGAGCACUGCGUCAAUGCGUCCUACCGACUUUGCUGCCCAGUUGAAUGUAUCUCUUAAUAAUGGUUGGGGUAUUGUCAGGACCGUCGCCGAUCUUUGCAUGAAGAUGCCUGAGGGCAAAUACGUCCUCGUCAAAGAUCCGAACAAGCCUCUCAUUCGCUUGUAUGCUAUUCCAGCAUCUACAUUCUCAGGUGAAGACGAGGAUGGGGAAGGCUUUGAAGAUGACGAAGCGUAA